AUGUCAACACGACGUACUCGCUCUGGUAACGGCGACCAGAAACAACACGGCCACUCACAGCAACCCGCCAUUGAAGGCUCCGCUUGCACUGCCCAGCAGCCGACCAUCUCAGACAUGCCGUCGAAGCAUCUGAAAGGUGGAGAAGCCUCGACAAAGGCUUCCGUCGCGGCUGUCUCCGGUCACUUCUCACAACACCCUGUCAAUGUAGCCAAUACGAGCCUAGGUGUGGGACUCCCUGAAGACUCAGCUCUUCCAGCGCCGCCAUCUGCCGGUCGUCGUAAGUCGAAAUCGAACACUCCUCUGCCAGGCCAAGCCGCCGGAGAUGCUCACAGCAAACGCAAGCGCACCGGCUCCGAUUCUGUGGGAGCUGACGCCGUCUCCCAGGCGAAGUCCAAGAAAGGCAAGAAACCAGCUGCCAAAGAUUUGUCUUCGGUCGGUGCUGCGAAUCCUCCUAGUAAGCGUGCGCAGGCCAAGAAACUGUCAGCCUCGACUGGGGGCCGCCCAAGCAAGAAAAAAGGUGCAGCUUCAAAGCCAGCUUCCGGUCUUACCAGAACUCAUAGCGAGGUAUCUGAACAAGUUAGAGAGAGCGAAAUUGUACCCCCAAAGGCCCUUACUCCACAGGUUCGCAAACGCGACGGUGCACCCAAAACUAAUGCUAACACUUCACAGGUGGUUGCGCGGAACACUCGCAGCGCUGCGAGGUCAACCCAGAAGACCGCGUUGCCUAAAAACGAGUCACAAGUCGAGGCUGACGAGGAUUGGGAGGCCGGUCUGAGUGCCUCAGACGAAGGCCAGCACCCCAAUAGUCCGAGUGCCUCUGAGUUCGAGGACCUAUCCGCGUCCGGCGACAACCUCAAUCUUGAAGGGGAUGGCCAGCAACUUGCCGCUACCCUCGAGGCUGAGCGUGCAAUGUGGAAUGAUGGUUCAGAAUUGGUAGCAACUGCACUGAAGGGCAAGGGUAAGGCCCCCGAGCCCCGUCCCACCUGUGGCGCCCCGAUCGCGGGGAAGACGUACCAGCUACAGCUUGACGAUUUUGAAUCGUCUUCAGAAUCCGAGCUGGAGCCCGAUCGUCCUGGCUGUGGUGACCGCCAGCUCCUCGAGACACCCAUAUGGGCCCAGGACUCCUCGCCGGCGCCCGGUCCCUCAAGGGCAGGGGGCAUUAGGACUGACCAUGCGUCGCCGACAAUUCCUCAAGCCGACGUCGCAACGCGCUCAACAUCUGUCAUUGCAUUGCCGGCCCUGCCCACCCGUCAACAUGGUCCUACCGUGAGCAACAUGAAUAUGAAUAAUCUGCGGCUUGCGGCCCCUGGAACGCUGCAACCUGCUGCUAUUCCUGCUCCUGAGGUUCCCGCACCUGUGCCGGCUACACCCCUGGGCCCUCCGACAGGCAAUGGGCUCGGGCAAGACACUACAGUCGUCAAUGCUCUCGGGAACACACAAGACCUUGCACCUCCCCAGGACGCGACCCCUCAGCCUACGCCCGAGCCCCCCGUUGAUCAUAAUCUCCUCCCAUCUGCUUAUUACACCAUUGUCACAGCUGCGCCUGGUGCUCCCGUCCUCCUCAACCCGCAACACCUUCACAUCCGUGCUAUCAUCCGUGCGACCAUACCCCGCCUCGAGGUCUUCUUGCUCACCGAGCACGCCUUCCCCGACCACUUCACUGCCUCUCAGUUCAUUCGUACGGCCCUUAUUGAGGCCGCGCAGACCUUCAAAUACCUCGGCCUCGGCAGACGUUUGAACGAUGACCAGGAGUUCAUCAAUCCCCUGGUUGUCCUUACUAAGCAGCGGAUAAGUAGCUUCCGUAGCGUUGUCAAGAAGUGUGCACAGUCCAACGUCGUAGCUCACUACCCCCUUGCGACGUCCCCAGACACAACCGCCCUCGUCAAUGGUCUCUUCGAAUGGCUUACCUACAUAUACCCGUACACUGAGCAGGCAAGUACCACGAAUGGCAAGCGGACCGUCCCCUGGAACAAGCCAUAUCUCAACGAUUGUGUUGUGGCUGUACUGUGCGCUGCGUUCUUCACUGGCCCGCAUUCCAUUGUGAAUGCGGCGCCAGCUAUCUUCGCGUCGACACUUCCUCAGCGCCAGGAUGAGUGCGAAGUGCCCAUGGUCAUGGUCGCACUUGUUGGUACCGCGAUACAUGCCGCGCUCUCAGAUUGGAAAUCCGGCCUCAACAAGUCGCAGCGAUUCUCCACUGAUGCCUAUCUAGAUGUUUAUAAUGAGCACAUUGUACUUCUCAAAGGUAUCAAGUCGGAGAAUGCGCGGGGUUAUCACAUCAUGAUGCACCGCCUAUUCACGCGCGCAAUGUGUGACACAGUUAUGCCCUUCCUACAUCUCCCACACACGAACACCGCCCUCGCUCACGUCGACUUCGCGGCCAUGGACGUCGACUAG